AUAUAAGCUCGUGUAACAAUUGCAGAGUAUGACAUUAUUAAUCGUGCUUUUGAAGCAGUAAGACAUUUGAGGAAUAAUUUAUAGAUAAGAUAGUGACAGUGGUAAAACCCCAAAAAGUAUUAAUAAAAUUAUCAUAAAUAUCGAGCAUUCAGCAAUAAAAAAAUAAACAAUGAGUGGAACUGAUAUGGCUACAAUUAAUCAACAUUACAACAAUAUCGAGCGUCCAUACGCAAAUGUGGACUUGUCGAAGCUACCAUCAUGGGAUUUAGUGAUGAACAUAAUGGAACAACAAGCACUUGAGGCUAGGAAGCAAAUUAUGGCAAGAUAUCAUGAGAAUCAAGUGAUGAUGCCAAUGACAGUCAAUAAUGUCGAAUAUCAUUCAGCACCAUACAAUUAUAGUCACACGAACAAUAUGAGAAACGUGCAAGAAAGUGACAAUAGCAGUUACUGCAGUGAAGAAAUGGACUCAUCACCAGCACAAUCGUCAGACUCUGAUAUCUCACAAAGCGAAAGUGAUAUUGAAAUUGAUGUAGACAGUAUUGAGGAAGAGAGCGACGACUAUUUUGUACCAUCACUCGAUAAUAUCCCAAUUACAGUUUUACAAUUGGAAACAAAACUUCGAGAGCGAGAUCUCCACAAAUCAUCAUGAGAAACAAUAAAUUACUAAAUAAACUCUCGAUUAGGUACAAAAUAUAGUCCAUAAGUUGUAGAUAGAAUUUUCAAAUUUUAAUUUAUAAGCUCAA